AUGGCCACGCCUGGGCAACCUUCCUCAAAUGGAAGAGAUACCGAGCCGUUUCCCAGUCUCGACAAUGCAUCACCUACAAAUGCCGACACCGAUUCAUCCAACAUUCACAAUCGUCCAGCAGCAUCUUCAUCUUUGAGCGGUCAUCUGCGAAGAGUUUCGCAAAGCUUCGAAGUUUCCGGCCCUCCGGAAGGUUUUAUGGCCGCCACAGGAACCAUCGCAUCCUCAAUCUUCUCCCGGCAAACAGUUACGCGCAGGACUUCGGAGUCCUCGAUACCGAUGCAAACAGGUCAAUCCUUCGGCAACCCGUCUAGGCAGAACACGUUUCCCACCGUCAACGAAGAGGCGCCCGCGGAAAAAGCAACUGCAAGCGAAGCUUCUCCUAGACGAAACUUUACUGGGGAGCCAGCAGCUGCGGCUCCUUUCGACAAUGGGUAUCACUUCCCACCAAAGCAUUCAGCUGGCCAGUCUACGAAACUCGGCUUGAUUGCGUUCGGGCAUUAUGUCUUAACACCUACGGGUUUUCUUGUUACUCUCUAUGGCCUGAACGUUGUAGCCUGGGGCGGCAUGCUCUUCUUAUUGCUCUGCUUAUUAGCAAUGCUUCACCGGCAAUGUUUUGGACUCGCCCCUUGGCGCUUUCGCGAUUUGUAUUUCCUCCUCCAGUAUCGCGUCCAGAAGAAGGAAGUUGCCCUUCGACGCCUGGCAGGCAUUCAUCGAGGAUGGUUUCGUCUUCCAGGAUCCGAUCAGCUUGACCCUCAGAUAGGGCCCCAUAACAUAUCCUCCUCGCCCCAUCUCAGCUCGUCGCUGGCCUGCCCGUUUCCCCCAGACAAAAUCCCCGAUGCUCCCUUGACAGGAGUCCGAGCUCCACCAACUGCUAUUACAAGAAUGGAUGCUGUCGUAUGGUUGAUGGUAUGGAACACCUUCCUGCAGUGCGUCCUGUCUGGGUUUAUGUGGGGGUUGAACCGUUACGACCGUCCCAGUUGGUCCACAGGCCUCUUUGUCGCACUUGCUUGUAUCGUUGCCGCUAUCGGCGGAAUCGUUAUGUUUAUCGAAGGGAAGAAAGUAAAAGGCAUCGAAGGCGUCCCUAUCAGCCUGGAGGAUCAAAAGAUGUUACAGGAGGACCGGGAACGCGGUGUAUGGCACUACAACAACAUCAAGGACAAAGACUUGGCUGCUGAAGAGGCCAAGAAGAAGAAAACGGAUAAGAAGUGA